ACAAACGCUACACAGCUACCGUUAGAGCGAAGUUAUCAAAGUGUGUGAGAGAGUGAGAGGGACAUAGAAGCACCGCGAAGGCUAUUUUUGUGCGUUGCGAUUGUAUUGUGAGACGCACACGCGGGUUUCGAAGACAAUUUAACGCCGGCAAGCGAACAACGACGUGCUAAACGUGCUAGUCAACUGCCGGUCGCGAACCAGUCCGAGUGAAGCCGUGCACGGGAAAGGAACAACUCUGCAGCAGCAGCAGCAAAAGCAGCAACUUUAAAGUGUGAUUCGUGGGUUAUUUUUUGUGAAGCCUAGCCUGAAGUAUACGCAACGAUGGCCCUUGCCGAGAACACCACCAAGACGGAAAUGACGCUGACGGAAACAUCUACGCCCGUCAUCUCGAAGGAGGUGAUCACCGAGCGGACGACGGCCGACGGCCUGUCGGAGAAGAACAUCACCCAGUCGAAGAGCUACGGUUCGGCGAGCGAAAAGUCCAUGGUGGAGGAGUCGGCCAACUCGAUCACCAAGAAGCACGAAAAGUCCGAAUCGGCCUUCGCGUCGGAGCGCAGCGUUACCGAGUCGGUUUCGGACGGCGGUGCACUGGCGUCAUCGUUGCUGUCCUCCUCCUCGCUGAGCAGCUCCGUCACCAGCAGCAAGGUGGUGUCGUCCUCGUUCAGCUCGUCCACAUCGUCGUCGAUCUCGUCCUCCAUCAAAUCGUCCUCGUUCGAUUCCAGCACCGCGAUCGACGAGUUCUUCAAGAACUGAUGAUCGGGAGGGAAGAAUCUCUCUCGCUUUGUGAUCACUAUUGUAUUGUAUAUCACUAUGUUGUAUGUGUAAUUUUGUAAUCCCCAGUUUAAAAACAAGAUGUGCUCAGCAGAGAAAAAUUGUAACCCAAAUGAGGUAGCCUUUCAUUUACAUCUCCCAUCUAUCUACUGUCGUUCGAAUGGAUCAACAAAACAUAACUUAAUCGCUAGCAUCAACAAUGUGUUCUGAGUAAAAGGAAGAGGAGGAGAAUGAAAAAGGAAAAUAAAGAAACAAAACUCAAACACACGACACGGAACGGUGUGUUGUUGCAAAACUCA